CGAAAAAUGUGGCGCAGCGACAUCUGGAUCAUCUUGAAGCCAUCCCGCCAUAAGAAUGGAAGCACACGACAUCAAGGAGAAGCUACUGCCCAAGAUGGAGCCAAUCGCGCCUCAGCGUCAACGACAACGGGUGGGUGAGCGUCCGCUUGCAAGAUCAAAGCCUGGGGCUAGCGAUGGAAGCGCGCCGGUUCGAUCCGCAGCGUCUCCAGUGGGUUGUGGCCAAACUGACCGACUGCGGCUUGCAGCAUGGCUAGUCUCCAUCUCUUCGUUCAUGUGGGGGUUCAGCGCCGCCGUACUCAAUGUCUGUAUCGUCCCAGACGCAGUGGGCUCCAUUCUCGUUGAUAUUAACCUCAGUACGGAGGAGCAGGAGCGCGCGACGGCGCUUGUUGUCGUGGGUUGCGUUCUGUCAGCACUCACCACGGGUGGUAUUGGUGCGCGUGUGGGGCAGAAGAAAACCAUACUCAUCAAUAAUGUGCUCUAUAUUAUUGGCGGUGCUAUCUGUGCACUCGCCACGUCCAAGCGCGAGCUCUAUGCUGGCCGACUGCUCAUUGGACUGGCGUCGGGUGUUGUAACCAACACAGUUCCGAUCUUGUUAACGGAGAUCUCGCCUGCCAUCUCACGCGGGGAGAUCACGUCACUGCAUCAACUCAGUUUGACGAUCGGAAUGCUGGUGACAGCUGUACUGGGCUUUUUCUUCAUCUCCAAUGUGCCCUCCGGGUGGCGAUACCUCAACGGAUUCAUGAUCCUGCCACCAUUGAUACAGUGUCUGUGCGCGUCACUUGUACCGGAAAGUCCGUGGUGGCUUAUGAAGAACCGUGGGCGUGACCAAUCCCGUGCAACGCUGGUGUUUCUACGUCCAAAGAACCAAAAGGAUGCCAUUGAAACUGAAGUACAGGAAAUCGCUCGCGUGAUGGAGCACCGUCAGCACGAGCCUCAUGUGACUUGGUCGCACCUCCUGGCACAUAAGAAAGUCAUGGUAACAGGCACUAUCCUCGUCUUUUUCCAGGCUAUGACUGGCAUCAACACUGUGAUGCUGUACUCGGCCAAGAUUUUCCACUUCGCUGGGGUGACCAACCCGUUCUUCGCCACGGCCGUCGUAGGUUUCACCAACGUAGGCGUCACGAUCAUAUCCGUGCGCUUUGUGGACUCAUAUGGACGCCGUCCUCUGCUCAUCGUUGGUACUACUAUUAUGAUUCUCGCACUCGGAGUACUGAGCUGGUCACUGCUCUACCUCAACCAGAAUCUUGCAGUCCAGGGUACGGUCGCUGUGAUAUCGGUACUCAUGUUUGUUGGUGGGUUCGCUGUUGGUCUCGGUGCUGUCGUGUGGUACGUUUACAUUGAAUUCUGGCUGUUGUUAUGGAUCGAUUUGUUCACACAAUUUAUCUGUUGAUAGGGUCAUGCUAGGAGACAUCACGCCGGUGCACAUCCGUUCACGAGCGUUCGCUUUCUACAUGGUCGUCAGCUAUAUCUGCAACAUUUUAAUUGCUGUGUACACGUUGUCUGCUAUCAACUUCUUGGGGCGAGGUUCGAAUCCCGAGAAGAAUGGUAUCGCCAAGCUCUACCUAAUUCUCUGUGGUGUCGCUGUUGUGUGCCUCACGUACAUCUACGCUUCAGUGGAAGAAACCUCGCAUGUCAAGACGGCACCUGCGAAGGCUGAUGAUCAGAAAUCGCUUUUGGCGGAGGAGGGACUAGAGACACUAGACGAGGAUUUUGGCAUUCCACGCCAUACGACGGAUCUAUAAGUGCCAAGAGCUUCUGAGUACGAUUUUUCAAUCAAUCACGACGACGAUUGCAUUGAUAACCAUGCGCAUCUUGCCGUCGUAUCACUCCACUGUGUGAGCUACUGCUCCAGAAGGCAAGCAGUCUCAGCGAUCUCCCGCACUGCUUUCGCGACGGAGAUGAGACGCUCACUGUGGUCGUUGGGUGAGAGCGAAUCGGUGAGGAUAGCCAUCUUCUACAAUACAUGCAAGAAAUACAUCGCAAACGUUAAUACUUCAAUAGGCUUCCCAAGAGAGUGGUCUGCCAUCGUUGAGUUUGUCUGAUCGGCUUGCAGACAUGCAAAAGAUCGGACUGUCGAGUCCACGUGAUCGUGCUUCAAACCACUCGCAAAAUUCCCCAAAGGCAAUAAGCGCACGAUAGGACCGGCAACAGAUUAGAAUAAAUGCGGAUGCUCCACCUGAUAAAGCGCAGCGAGAGUCCGACGGCGGAUGGCAUUCACUUCUGCGUCGCUGUCGGGACUGAUGGUGCUCACCGCGCUGUCAAUCUUGCGUUUCGCUGUAGCAAAUAAUGUCACGAGCAGAAAGCAAAAGCAUGUUAGAGUCGAUCGAAGUAGAAUCGCAGCCUCGCUAUACCAGCUCCGUAUGUUGCCGUCGCUCGACGAGCCUUCACUUGCUCGAGUUCCUGCAUCUCCUUGGCCUGCUUGGCUUGCUCUUCCAAGCGGAACUGCUGCUCGAUGCGGCGUGCGCGCUCCUCCUCGCGCCGAGCUUCGGCCUCGGCCUCUUCCUUCUCAGUCGCAGCGAGUUCUUCAGCCUCCUGUUCCGCCUGCUUCUUGGCCUCUUCCUCGGUGACCACAAACUGGUCGCAUCGAACACAGUACAUCUAGCACCGCCACCAGAACAAGCGUUAGGUCUGGACAAAAUCUAAAUCUCCGCUU